GGAGUAUUUGCAAGUCCAAGCUAGAGCACCACUACAAAUGUCAAAUGAGGAAAGUGAUAGAAGGUUUAUUAAUUGGUUUAAAAUUAGAGUUGCAGCGUUACAUAAACAAGACAAUCGUAAAAUAACAGAGGAGUUGCUCUCUUUGUCACGUGGUCCCUCCCAAUCUGUUUGUUGCUUCAAUGGUUAUGUUGUGAAUGGGUAUAGGUUUCGUGUAGAAUGUCAUGACAAAGGAUUUAGAACACAAAAUUGUGGGGUGGUUGUGAGUGGUGACAUUGGGUCUAAAAUGGGAAAUAUAGAUUAUUAUGGAAUCUUAACUGAGAUUAUUGAGUUGCAGUAUCUUGGUGGUAGAAGGGUGGUACUAUUUCGUUGUAAAUGGUUUGAUGUGCAUGAUAAGGAAAGGGGGGCCAAAGUAGAUGAGUAUGGUUUCACCACUAUAAAUUGUGAUCGCUUGUUAAAAACAAAUGAGCCAUUUGUCUUGGCAUACCAAGCAUUCCAAGUGUUUUAUGCCAUUGACAAUAUCACUAAAGGUUGGAAGGUUGUUCUAAAAACACAACCACGUGAUUCUUAUGACUUGCCUUUACAAAUGGAUGACAAUUGUGAUAAGAUGGAUAAUGUUAGUGAAGCGUAUCAACAAGAGGAAUCAUUCAAUUAUAAAGAGGCAAACCCUAUUUCAACUACAAUAAACAAUGAAAUCAAUUGGGAAAGGGAAAAUGUGGAGCCAAUGGUGGUUGAAGUAGCAACUAAAAGAAAGAAAAGAAAAAGAAGAUGUUAGAAAAUUCAUUUUGUCUUUUGUAAAGGUAAGUUAUUAUAUAUAUAUGUGCAUAUAUCCUUUAAAAUCUCAUUUUUAGUUACACCUUAACCUGUUGUGUGUAUUAUUUUGAACUCAGUUUAUUGUUUUUGUCUUACUCCAAGUUUAAGUAAAUGAUGCAAAAGAUCAAAGCUGGAAAAAGGUUGUCGUCCACGGCAAACAAGUUUAUAGCCCUAGGUGCAUUGGGUAAGGGAUUCGAACAGGGAUUAAAACAAUUACAGUCAAGAAGAGAUUUAAAUGGUGUUGCAGAUUUACGAAGAGGAUAUUCAAAUGGUGCUACUAAAAUAAAUGCUAGAUUAGGUGAACUCACAUCCCACCAUCUUUUUGUUCACUUUGGUGAACUGUAUUAUUUUGACAAUGACUUUCAACGAGAUUGUAGCUCUUUCAUUGACAUUUUGAGUAUAUGCCAAAAAUUCAUGGACAUAUACUCAGUUGGUGUGAAUAUCUCCUAUGGGGAUGGGAAGCAACUAACUGGGGAUGCUGAUGUUUAUGCUAUGUUUAAUGACCAUAAAGGUAUAAGAGACAUCCACCUCUAUGUUGAGGAAGAUACAGAAAUGGAUGUUGUCCCUUUUAGACUGCCACAUGAUAUUCCAAGUUCUGAACCUCCAAAGGUAACAAAUUUGAAGAUACAAGGUGAUCUCCAAGUGAACAAUAAAAUAAUCAUUACUGGCACUGUUAUUGGAGGGGCUGAAGUUGCUAGUGCAGUUCAGUGGUAUAAAACCACUACUACACAAUUAAAUAUUCAGAAUGGUCUUGAAGAGAUCAGCAUGUCUAGCACUGAAAAGGAAUUUCUCUUACCAAUAGGAGUUGUUGGGUAUUACAUUGUUGCAAAGUAUACUCCUAUGACUCAUGAUGGUACAUCAGGUGAACCAGUGUUUGUUACCUCAGAACAAGUUGUUAAGGGUGAAAUUCAUACUCAAAAAAAGAAAGUUCGAGGAAAAAAUCAGAAUAAGAAAGUAGCUGGGCUCAAAAGUGGAGAAAAGCUUCCAAUUAUAUUCUACAAUAAUCGAGCAGUGGGAGAUAAUCAUCAACUAUGGUCAAGGCACUUGGGAAGAAUUGUGCGUGAUCGAACCAUUUGUCCUAUACAAGUAAAAGCUUGGAAAGAAAUAGGGGAAAAUGAAAAAAAUCACAUGUGGGAAGCAGUUAAGGAUAAAUUUGAUAAUCCUGACAUAGAGUUGUAUCGUGACCACACCUUGGAACAUAUGAAUGUUUUGUGGUCGAAUUGGAGAUCAAGUUUGAAUACUAUGUAUGUGAAACCUUGCAAAACUGUUGCUGAGGCUUUGAAAAAUAAGCCACAAAGUAUGGAUAAGGAGGACUGGGAAUGGCUUCUGACUAAGUAUUUUUUAACUGAAGAUUUUCAGAAAAUAAGCUCUCAAGCCUCUCAAAAUAGAGCUAAAUCUUCAAUGCCUCAUCGCACGGGUAGUAACCCUCAUAGAGAGAUUAUUUAUGAAAUGGGAGGAAAAGAAGGUAAUCCACCUGAUAUGGGAAAGAUCUUUUUCGAAACUUGAAAGAAGAAUGAAAAGUUUGUUGAGCCUGAAACUGAAGAAAAACAUGAACAAAUUGUAGAGACCAUUCAAGCAGAGCCAACACUUUCUAAUAUUGAGGUAAUUGAAAAAUGUUUUGGAGCGCAACGUCACAGCCAUGUGUUUGGCUAUGGGGGUGGAAUCAAACGGAAGAACUUUAAAGAUCCUAGUAAAAAGAGGAUGGAAGAGCUUCAAACUAAACUUAAUGACAAGGAUGAAGAAAAUCGCAUCCUAAAAAGGCGCAUUGUAGAGUUUGAAGAAAGAUUGCGAAGGAUUGAAUCUGUGAUACAACAAAACCCAAAUGCUUCAAUUGAAUUUUCCCCAUCUUCUGUUAAUGAAGAUGUUGAUGAGGACAAUGUUCAAAGCUAGACUAUAUGAAGGUUUUUCGGCAACUUCUUAUUAAAUAGAAACGGGGGUCCUGUCCUAUCUUGUGGGUAAAGGCUUUUUGCUUGUUGCUGUUGAUUUGGAAUGUAUCUUCUUAUAUGUCCUUAUGGGUAAAGGCUUUCUGCUUGUUGCUGUUGAAAUUUGAAAUCUUUCCAAAGAACGUGGGAAUGCACCUAUUAUAGUUAAUUCUAAUCUCUUUCUUUCCUUCAAUUCUUCCUUCUUUUUUCCCCCUCCGUUUCAUGCUUUGAGAAAUCAACAGGGAUAUCUUUCCAUUUUAUGUGUUCACUAUUCAACUAUUGUAAAAUUCCCAUAAUACUUCCAACUUGUAACCUCCAAAUAUAUCAAUCAAUUUUGUUUAACAAAUUAGUAUUCUUUCACCUUUUAUUUCUUUUUUAUGAUAGUAAUCAUGUCUAGUUAAUAGCUGUUAAUUAAGUCUUGCCUCUGAAAUUGACCGUUUCGUUGAAUGCAGUUCCUGAUUCGAAGAGUCUAUGACUAGUAUUGAUCACGAACUAUUCAGGCCAUAGUUUAUAUUUUCUCCUCUCCUUCUUUUUUCUUUCUUUUUUUUUUUUUACGUUUUUGAGGAAAGAAUUAUUCUGUAAUUAGCUAAUUUCCAAAGUAAUGGAACAAAGAGCUUCUCUGAGCUUAGAUGUAGGUAGUGGAGCUGCCUAACCUUGUAUAGGUCCAAUAUGGGAAGUUGAAAAGCAACUAUCUCAAUUGCAGUAGAUACACGGUCAGACGAAAAAAAAAUGCAAAAGAAUAUAUGGUCAUGAUUUUUUUUUUUUUGGUUUAAAUAUUCUAUUUAUGUUCAACCAACAAAGAAUAAAAUUGAAAGGUAAACAACUCUGAACUAUUGAAAUCAGGUCCUACAAGCAUGAUGGCACAUCACAAUGGAAUUAGACUAUGGCUCUAUGAACCUCGUGUUGAUCUGAAAUUUUGGUUGAAGUGUGAGAGAUGUAGUUGUGAAUCAUAUGACUUUGUUGGAUAAAUAGCUCAACACCAGUACUUCUUGGAGGGCCAGCAGGCAGACAUAUUAUUAUGGAGAGAAUA